ACGAACUGCUCAACAAAAUAUAGUCUCAACAAAUAGUAUUACAGGCAUGGAAACGUUGAAAUAUUUUACAAUUUACAAUCCAUAAUCCCCCCAAAAGUCUAGCUGUUGGUAUAGUCCACUGCGCGCAAAAAGUCUGUUUUGAAAUCAGUUACUCCAUGUGAAAACGCGAGAAGUGAAGUCUUGCAGUUUUCAGAAUGAAUAACCAUCUGGGAGUUUACGAAACGCACAUUAAAGUCCUCCAAGAAGAAAUUGCAGCACUGCAAUGCCAAAAGGAGAAGAAUGACCGAGAGCUUACAAUCCACAUCGGAGGAUCCAUGAAAGAUGCUUUGUUGUCCAUGGCAGGACGUGAGACCGGGGCGAAGACAGGGAAUAGUCUGAGAGACAUCAGAGCUCACCUGACGGCUGAGAUAAAGGAGCUGGAGGAAGACCUUGUCAGACAGACUAAAAUGAACGGUAUCGUUCUCACUAACUGCAGUGUGAAGACUCUGGAGAAAAACAGCCGCAAGAUGGUUCAGCAGUACAGGCUGGCUGGUCACUGCUCCCUCCUGGGCUUCCAGGUGGAGAUUGAGGUUACUGAUGUUCAGGAGGAUGCCGCAGUAGUUACUACGAUCACAGUCCUCAACAUCAUCAUGGACACCACAGAGUGCAAGGAAUUUGGCAAAUUUGUGUCAGGAGUGGAAGAAAAUCGGGACCUGUUACUGUUUUUCAGGACCCUCAGGAGGUUCUCUGAUAGAUGUGAUGACCGACACAGAACAUUCCAGCACUUCCAGAAACUGUAUCCUGGUGUGGUCAGCCUCCCUGGAGGCUGCAGGUCUGAGAUAAUGCUGAUCCAGUCACCUAAGCUACCUGGGUGUUCUCUGACUCUCUCCUGGACCAUUGAGGUGAGCAGUGGGGGGGAAGUAACUCCUAGACUUGACCUGGUUUCCAAGAUGCCAGAGCAGGCUCUUCAGUUUGACAGCAGAAUGGCGAUAGAGAACGCCCCCGACGCCUUUCAGUGCCUCCUGAGGGUCCUUGGAGUGGAGGCGUCCAUACAGGCUCUCAUACAGUCCGUGUCAGUAUGACUCCGGGCUGGGCCCCGUUCAGCUGGCAAUAUGUGGAACGCUAAUGAACACAAUCCGACCGUAGAAGUCAAGAACCCACUUGCCCGUGUUCUGUGUCAUUAUUUUAUUCAAUAUAAACACCUUUUUACAACUA